ACUAUCCAAAAUCACCAUUGCAUUCAAAAGAUUGAAGGUCCACUGCAAGACAUGGAAAUACCAGUAUUCACAGUCGAUUCUUUCACCAAUUUACCUUUUAAAGGCAAUCCUGCAGCCGUUUGCCUUCUGCAGAAUGCGCUGCAAGAUGACCUGUAUCAGCAUAUUGCUGCUGAAAUGAAUUUGUCAGAAACUGCGUUCGUUAUCCAGCUCAAUCCAGCCGAUGACUUCACUACAGGAGCACGAUUUGGCUUGCGCUGGUUUACCCCUACAAAUGAAGUGCCUUUAUGUGGACAUGCAACACUGGCUUCGGCAGCAGUGUUGUUUUCUGUGAAAAAGAACAUGAACUCAGCGGUGGCAUUUGAAACCCUGAGUGGAGACCUGUGCGUUCGUCAGCGUGGUGAAGGCAUAGUGAUGAACCUACCCCUGAACAAACCCUCGAACCAGGAUCAGGAUGAAGUAAAACCUCUGUUGGAGGCUGCAGUAGGUGACUUGCCCAUUCAGGAUCUGUGUUACUGCAAAAACUCAAAAAAGCUUUUGGUGUGUUUGGCUGACACAUGUGACAGGUCGGUCCUUACAUCUCUGCAGCUGGAUGGAGAGACUCUGAUGCGCAGCGAAAAGAGUGGGAAAGUGAGAGGUCUUAUCAUCACAAUUAAAGGAGCCCCAGAAUCACAGCCAGGCUACGACUUCUUCUCCCGAUACUUCGCCCCCUGGAACGGGAUUCCAGAGGACCCUGUGACUGGAUGGGCACAUACAGUCCUUGCUGCUUACUGGUCGGAGAAGCUGGGAAAGAAGAAAAUGCUGGCCUACCAGGCGUCCAGACGUGGUGGUGAACUGGAGCUGGAGGUGAAAGAGGACGACAGAGUGGACAUGACGGGUCAGGCCGUGAUUGUGCUGCAGGGAACACUCAAGCUCUAACCACGCCUUCAGUCACCACAGGACGUCCGCAAAGCCAGCUGUUUGUGGGUGCCAAGACUCACACAACUACGACAAACACAAACCACUCCACUAAUGAUGAUGGAAAUGUCCGCUAAGAUUCCAGGCUUUGACGCUUAGUGAUCAGUAAACACUGAGCCAAUGAGUCAAUUUAAUCAAUAUAGCACAUGCUUUAUGUCUGUUUUAGAUACAGUUUAUAGGGUCUUACACAGUGAAGAUUUUAAAAACUGACUUUUAUUAAACACACAAAACAAUUUAUAAACACUCAAAUGACAUCAGCAUACAAUUAAAUACAAAAUGACUAGAUUAAAAUUACAGAUUAGGAUACUGAAUGUGGUGAGGUCUUGGCUGAACUGUUCCUAUAGAACAGGAGCAUAACUGAGAAUGAGGUAGAAUUCUUCAAUAAAAAAAAAAGAGAUCCCAAAAAAA